GAUCCUGGCGUGAAGGAAGAAAAAAGAGGGACGACGACGGUGGGAGACUAGAAGGGAUAUUUUGCUUUGAGUUGGAAUUGGCGUUUCAUCGGAAGAACGCUUAAAGGGACUCCAACACGUCUUUUCUGCGUGAACACCGCCUUGUCUGUGCGCCUCUGUGCCGGUGUGUCUCCCCCCUCGGCGGGUCAAAAACUGGGUUCGGGGAGUGCCGCUCCUCGGUAGCUAAACUAGCUAAAUCUGAGCGCCUGGGCGGAGAGAGGAGAGACAAGCUUUUGCUGUUCCCAGUCAAUGUGAUAUAAACAACGGAUACCAUCGACUGAAAGCGGAUCAGCAAGAGUCUAGGCGGCGGAGCGAAGCACACCAUUAGCAGAGGAAAAUGAGUGAACUGGAUCAGCUACGCCAGGAGGCUGAGCAGCUCAAGAACCAGAUCAGAGAUGCCAGGAAAGCGUGUGCGGAUGCUACCCUGUCUCAGAUCACAGCUAACAUCGACCCUGUUGGCCGAAUUCAGAUGCGCACUAGACGGACACUGAGGGGGCAUCUGGCUAAAAUCUAUGCCAUGCACUGGGGCACUGACUCGAGGCUUUUGGUCAGCGCCUCCCAGGACGGCAAACUCAUUAUUUGGGACAGCUACACCACAAACAAGGUCCACGCCAUCCCGUUGCGCUCCUCCUGGGUGAUGACGUGCGCCUACGCCCCCUCCGGGAACUACGUCGCCUGUGGAGGUCUGGACAACAUCUGCUCCAUCUACAACCUGAAGACCCGCGAGGGAAACGUCCGUGUGAGCCGCGAGCUGGCCGGACAUACAGGUUACCUGUCCUGCUGUCGUUUCCUGGAUGACAACCAGAUUGUCACUAGCUCUGGAGACACCUCCUGCGCUCUGUGGGACAUUGAGACCGGUCAGCAGACUACUACAUUCGCUGGCCACACCGGUGACGUCAUGAGCCUCUCUCUGGCACCCGAUACCAGGCUGUUCGUGUCCGGAGCCUGCGAUGCCUCAGCCAAACUCUGGGACAUCAGAGAAGGAAUGUGCCGACAGACCUUCACCGGCCACGAGUCAGACAUCAACGCCAUCUGUUUCUUCCCCAACGGCAACGCCUUUGCCACGGGCUCAGACGACGCCACCUGCCGGCUGUUCGACCUGCGCGCCGACCAGGAGCUGAUGGUCUAUUCACACGACAACAUCAUCUGCGGCAUCACCUCCGUGGCAUUCUCCAAGAGUGGUCGCCUACUGUUGGCCGGCUACGACGACUUCAACUGCAACGUCUGGGACACUUUGAAGGCCGACCGCGCAGGCGUCCUGGCUGGCCACGAUAACCGGGUGAGCUGCUUGGGCGUGACCGAUGAUGGCAUGGCAGUGGCGACAGGGUCCUGGGACAGCUUCCUCAAGAUCUGGAACUAGAGUCUGAAGAUGGCAUCCGGACUCCAAAGUUGAGUGGAAGACCAUUCCAACAUCACAAUGUUCAAUUUUAUUGCAUAUCCAAUCUUUUUUCCAAACACCAUGAUACUGACUCCAGACACCCCAAAAAACUAUCAAGGGCAAAAAUUCUCUCUCUCUCUCUCUUUACUCUCUCUCUCUCCUUCUCAUUUAAAAGAGCACAAUUGUCUGUCACUCAUUCAGCUCCAAAACAGAAAACACACACACACACACAGCUGGAGGAUGGCUAGUGGUUUGCAGACGGAUCGGAUCGGAUCGGAGGGGUAAAUUGUGCAUUCCUCCCAUGACCAUGGUCUGGUUAUUGUAGUAAGUGAAAAUCCAAACACCCCGCCAUCGCAGCCACAAAAAAACCCGCCACGCGUCCUCAUCCCACAGCGGUCUGAGCGAAGCUUCGUACACAACAGCGAUCGAACUCUAGGUUUCGGCCAUGUUCUUUUUUCUCCAUUUCUUCUCCUUUUCUUUCAAGAGAAGUAGACGAGUAAACUGUCUGUUUCAAAACAAGGAUCAAAGCUUUGUUUUAUUUCCUAGUCUUUACACAUUUUAGAGAAUAACGUUUUUAAAAAUGAGAAGUCAGAAAGAAAGCUCCAGAUAACAUUACCACGCUUUUGUUUUUCUUUUCUUUAGUUUUUUUCUUGAAAGAAUCCAGCUUUAUUUCCCCACUGGAGAACAAAAACGAGAGAAUUCAACAGGGAGUCCUCAAAGCCACUUAUGGCCCUUCUGUAUAUUUAGUCCCAUGAUACUUUUACUGUUUUUCUUUUUUCCAGUGUAGUCCACAAAAAUCUUUGUUUGCACAAAAAUUAAACUUUGCAUAUAUAGAAUAAUGUCUAAAGAAAAAAAGUUAACUAACCAAGCACAUGCUGUUUAUGAUAAUGAAUGCUCGUUUUUAAAACGAAAAACAAAAAAAAAACCAACCAUUUUAACCAUUCUUACACCUUUUUGUCUGGCGACAGUGUAGAAUAAAUAAAUGAAGAUUAACCCAUCGGAUCAUAAUCCAGCCCGUCCCCUUUUUUAUUCUGCUUCCUUCUUUUCUUUUCUUUUCUUUUCUUUUCUUUGGUUUCCUUUGACUUUGGUUGGGUUUCCCUGGUUUGUGGGACCGCUGGUGUGAUUGGGUCGGGGAAGGGAGUACCUCCACUUUCAGCCCGGUUCCAAUCCCGGACUGUUCUGAUUUUUUUUUUUUUUUUUUUUUUUUUUUUUUCUUUCUCUCUCUCUCUCUUUUAAACAGAGGUGCCCAUUCCGUGCUUGGAAAUGCAGUUACUACUCUGUGAAUGACAUGUUGUAUAAAUCAAUGUUUGAAAAUAAUGAUAUUGAAACUUUUUAAGUUAAAAAUGAAAAAAAAAAGAUUUUGGUUGUCUGCCAUGGGUGGGUUAUCUCUUAGAAUCGCAUGCUGUAGAAUUGCUUAAAAAGGUGCAUAUGGAAUUAAGUCCUUUGAUGUUUUUCUUUAAGAAAAUAACCUGUUGAAUAUAUCAUAAAUACAAUGGUAUUUAUAUUUUUCUUUUCUCUUUUUGUUUGGUUUUUGUUUGGUUUUCCUUCUUUUUGUUCUCGCUACUCCGUGCAUACAUGAUUCAACUAAAAAGCUAUGCACUCGAGAAGCAAAACCCUGCGACAUGAAAACGGUUACUCGGUCCAUACUUGGGAGGGAUUCCACAAAUUAAGAAGUCAAUGUUUUCAAAAUUGUACACAUGCAUAUACGUACAUUCAUCCACCUGAAACAUGACACACACGAUCUCAAAUGGAACAAAUAAAAAAUUUUCAUUCCUUCUGUAGCAAAACAAAAUUCCACUUACGAAGAAAAAACAUUUUAUAACAGGUUUUUUUCGGUCCUUUAAUAAAAAAUGAAAAAAAAAAAACUCUUGCAGCAUCUGAAUGGCAGAACUUUCUGUUGUUCCUUCUCCUUGUAAACAGAGACGCUCUUUCUUUAGCAGUAGUGACAUUUUUUCCAUUCUGUUUUUUCUCUGCGACAUUCUGUACAAAAAAAAAAUGUGCUGUAAUUGUGCGUUAGGCCUGGAGUUGGCAAAAAAUAAAAUGAAAUAAAAAAUAUUAAAAAUUUAUUAAAUUCCCUUUCCUUUUCUCUCUUUCUCCAUCAAAUAACUGUAGAGCUCUGCACCCCCACUGUUCCCUUUUCACCUUUUGUAUUUAAUUUUAAAGUCAGUCAGUGUACAACCGAAAGCUGGAUGCAAGAUAGAAACUAUAUUAAAAUGUACUGUUAUUUAAGAUGUAAUAAAAGCAGUUUGAGAUGA